UUGAUUUUUGACAACAAUAAAGCGUUACGAAUAAUUGUAAUAAUUCUAAUUCGGUUAUCAGGAGUUGAUAACGAGGCCCUAGAACUCGGUGAUGUAAAUGUAUCAGAGAAACCACCGAUUGAGAAUGGAAAUGGUGUUAACGGAAAAGACGAAAGAGAUCCAAAUAUCCAUAUAGAAACGGAGAAAGAGCAAUCGAAAGUAAAUUUUGACGAUAUACCGGACAAUGUUUUAGAAGAUGAUGAUGACCCGUCUUUCAGACGCUUGUGUAAAUGUCUAACAUUAAGUAUAGCUUACGCUGCAAACGUCGGAGGGAUCGGGAGUCUUACCGGAACUGGACCAAACCUAGUCAUGAAAGGACAACUUGACAUCGUGUACGAGGGAUAUGGUAUCAAAAACUCACCAAUUACAUUCGCUAGCUGGAUGGGUUUCGGAGUACCUCUGUCAUUUUGUCUUGUUAUUAUUGUCUGGAUAUGGCUUCAGUUCUAUUUUCUUAGAUGCAAUGGUUGUUGUGAAGAAAAGAACGAUGAUAGAAGUAUAAGGGUGAAGGCCGUUAUCCGUACAGAAUAUGAAAAACUCGGACCUGUCAGUUUUGCACAGGGAGCCGUUAUGGGACAUUUCAUAGUUUUGGCGUUGCUAUGGAUAACCCGAGACAUGGGCGGUGAAUAUGGCUGGGGUUCACUUUUUCAAAAAGGAUAUGUGAAAGAUGGAGUACCAGCCAUAUUUAUUGCAACUAUGUUGUUUAUUUUCCCGUCAUCUUUGCCGCGAAUAUUCUGCCUCCGACCAGAAGGUACACGUGCACCACUGAAACCAUUAUUAUCAUGGAAAGCAGCUGUGGAAAAGGUUCCUUGGGGCGUGGUAUUCCUCCUGGGUGGCGGCUUCGCAAUGGCAUAUGCGUCACAGGAAUCGGGUUUAUCAGCGUGGGUUGGUGAGAAAUUAAGCGUGUUAGAUUACCUAUCACCUUGGGUACUAAAUCUUACAUUGUGUUAUAUCGUAGCUGCAAUGACGGAGGUUACUAGCAACACAGCAACGUGCACUUUAAUGAUGCCCAUACUGGCAAACCUGGCUGUGCAUCUUCAUCAAAGUCCCAUUUAUCUGAUGUUCCCGACUGCCAUAGCAACGUCCUUCGCCUUCAUGUUACCAGUAGCAACGCCACCAAACGCUGUCGUGUUCUCAUACGGAUAUGUCCGAGUCAUUGAUAUGGUAAUGGCCGGCUUCAUCCUAAAUAUAGUCUGCGUACUGGUUCUAAUAGGAUUUUCGGAAUCUCUCGGCGAUCGCAUUUUUGACUUUCAUACCAUUCCAGAAGAAAUAUUAAAGACAUACAAUGAAUCGUUAACGUAACAAUUGAUUACGUCAUUGUCUGGCGUCAUCUUACAAAUACGUGAAACCCGUUCAGAUAAAUGCUUUACUGAUCCCUAUAUAUUUGUAAAAAGAAAAAAGACAGUUCCAACACCCUCUCACGGGCUUGGUGGCAACAAAUCUGUUAAUAUACAAGAAUUCUCGAUCUGAGAUUUAAUCCUCUUUAGUGGAAAAUGAUUCUGUUUUUAAGUUGAUGUAAAGAAGUAAAAGCCCCACACAGGGCCUCUAUUGUAUCCAUAAUUGCUUAUAUGUUGAAAUUAACAUAAGA